UUACAGCAACGACUCUGAAUCACUCAAUUUAGCCAUCCUCUCGUCUCACCAAAAAUGCCAAGCAUUCCAAUUUUGUCUCUUUAAAUCACUAGCUCCUCCUUCAACUUCUGGAGGAGUAUAGAGCUGCCUUUUCAACAAAUUAUCUUCCUUCCCUCGCUAAUUCAAAGAAACCCUUUCAAGCUACUGUGAGUCUCUGCCUGAUUUUGGAGUUGAUUUCUUCAUUUUCUGGUAGGACUGCAUAAUUUAUUAGCUUUUGAAAUUGGGUGAAUUCUAGGGGUUGGUCAAUCUUGUUUAAUCAAGGAGAUAAGAUUCUGAGAAAAUCAAGAAGUUUGUCAUCAAAAGUUGUGGUUGAAGCAUGUCUGUUGCCAUGUUGUGGGUGGUUUCUCCCACCUCUGAGGUGUUUAAUGGAGUUGGGUUCUUGGAGCCAGCCCGGGAUGGGAACCGGAUUCUUGAUUCGUUUAGGUAUAGUUCUCGGUGCAAGAAUGUGAUCAGCGAUGGCAGCCUGAACAAGGGUAGGAAGAAAAGGCAGAGCUUUAGCUCUAUGAAUGCAGAUCUGAGGUAUGCCUUCCUGGGGUGUUCGAGCUUGGAGAAUGGGGGUAGACUCUCUCUCACAUCGAGUAUGGUAGCUUCUCCAGCAGGGGAAAUCGCCUUAACAUCCGAACAGAAGGUCUAUGAUGUGGUUUUGAAGCAGGCAGCCUUGGUUAAGAGAAGGCUGAAACCUGAUGAGGAUUUGGAUGUGAAGCCGGAUAUUGUGCUUCCUGGAUCUCUUGGCUUGUUGAGUGAAGCUUAUGAUCGUUGUCGAGAAGUAUGUGCUGAAUAUGCCAAGACAUUUUACCUCGGUACACUGUUAAUGACCCCGGAGAGGCGAAGAGCUAUCUGGGCAAUAUAUGUCUGGUGUAGGAGAACAGAUGAGCUUGUUGAUGGGCCAAAUGCAUCACAUAUAACUCCAAUGGCCUUAGAUAGGUGGGAAGCAAGGCUGGAAGAUAUUUUUAGAGGGCGCCCUUUUGAUAUGCUCGAUGCUGCUCUAGCAGAUACUGUUUCCAGGUUUCCCGUUGACAUCCAGCCAUUCAGGGACAUGAUCGAGGGAAUGAGAAUGGACCUGUGGAAGUCGAGAUACAAGAACUUCGACGAGCUGUAUCUCUACUGCUAUUAUGUGGCUGGUACUGUAGGAUUGAUGAGUGUGCCGAUCAUGGGCAUAGCACCCGAGUCCCAGGCUACUACAGAGAGUGUCUAUAAUAAUGCUUUGGCGUUAGGGCUUGCUAAUCAGUUGACCAACAUUCUCAGGGACGUCGGAGAAGAUGCGCGACGUGGAAGAAUCUAUCUGCCUCAGGAUGAAUUGGCACAGGCGGGGCUAUCAGAGGAGGACAUAUUUGCUGGGAAAGUAACUGAUAAAUGGAGAGUUUUCAUGAAGAAGCAGAUCAAGAGGGCUAGAAAAUUCUUCGAUGAUGCAGAGAAUGGCGUGAAAGAGCUGAGCUCGGCCAGCAGAUGGCCGGUGUGGGCGUCGUUGCUUCUGUACCGACAGAUCCUCGACGAGAUAGAAGCCAAUGACUACAACAACUUUACAAGGAGGGCUUAUGUUGGCAAACCAAAGAAGAUUUUAGCUUUGCCAGUUGCAUAUGCUAAGUCUCUUGUUCAUCCCAGAAGCUCAUCUGCUCUUCUAAACUCUUGAUGUCACCAAAUCUAUUAUAAAUAUAAUAUCAUGUACAUCCCAAAUUAUGGCAAUAUAUCUUACAAUAUGAUUAGCCUUUUUCUUCUA